GCGGCGCGCGCUGAUUGGCCGCUUUGAAUCAUCCCGGUGCGGCGCCAUUGGUGGGACGCGGCGGCGGCGCGGCGCGGCCGGUUCGAAUGCGCGGCGCCCGCCCCUGCGCUCGGCUGAGGUCUUCCCCGCGGCGCGGAGCUGGGUGGCGGCGCCGGUGCCUCGGGUUCGCCGUGGUACCCGCUGCAGAGAGGUGGCCGAGGGGCGGCUGAGCGAGUGGACUGGGAUACCCUCAGCCAUGGAGGAUUACACAAAGAUAGAGAAGAUUGGGGAAGGUACCUAUGGUGUUGUGUAUAAAGGGCGCCACAAAACCACAGGCCAAGUGGUUGCAAUGAAGAAAAUACGUCUAGAAAGUGAGGAGGAAGGUGUUCCAAGUACUGCUAUCCGAGAAAUUUCUUUAUUAAAAGAGCUGCAUCAUCCCAAUAUAGUCUGUCUUCAGGAUGUUCUUAUGCAGGAUGCAAGGCUGUACCUCAUCUUUGAAUUCCUUUCCAUGGACCUCAAGAAAUACUUGGAUACUAUUCCAUCUGGACAAUAUUUGGAUCGUUCGCGCGUGAAGAGUUACCUGUAUCAGAUCUUGCAAGGCAUCGUCUUCUGCCAUUCCAGACGAGUUCUGCACAGAGACUUAAAACCUCAGAAUCUUCUAAUAGAUGACAAAGGGGUGAUUAAACUGGCAGAUUUUGGAUUGGCUCGUGCCUUUGGAAUUCCAGUGCGGGUAUACACUCAUGAAGUAGUGACACUGUGGUACAGGUCUCCAGAAGUACUGCUAGGAUCUGCUCGUUAUUCUACUCCUGUAGAUAUAUGGAGCAUAGGUACCAUAUUUGCAGAGCUCGCAACUAAAAAGCCACUUUUCCAUGGGGACUCAGAGAUUGACCAGCUCUUCAGAAUCUUCAGAGCUUUAGGGACGCCCAACAAUGACGUGUGGCCUGAUGUGGAAUCCUUGCAAGACUACAAAAACACUUUCCCAAAAUGGAAACCUGGCAGCCUGGGAACACAUGUUCAAAACUUAGAUGAAGAUGGACUCGAUCUGUUGUCUAAAAUGUUAAUUUAUGAUCCUGCAAAAAGAAUUUCUGGCAAAAUGGCCUUGAACCAUCCAUACUUUGAUGACUUGGACAAAUCUACUCUUCCUGCUAAUCUGAUUAAGAAAUUCUAAACCUUUGGACUAAAUCAGAGGGAAAUAAUUGCAAUUACUUUUACUAUUUUCUGUCUGUAACUUUGUCUGCUUGCCUUAAAAUUGUGGCUUUUUAGUUUGUUUUGGUUUGUGUUACCUAAAUGUAAAUAUUAAUCAACUAAUGCGGUGAACUUUCUAUAAAUAAAACUUUAAAUCUA